AUGGACGUGUCGUGGGAUGCUGAUAAUUUUGAACCAAAACUUCCGACCACGUUGGCUUCCAACAAAUGGGAAGGCGAGGACGAGGAAGAAACUGUCAAGGACAGCUGGGAGGACGAGGAAGAAGAAAAGAAAGACGAAGAAAAGAAAGAAACCGUGCCGCCUCCUCCUAAACCUAAAAAGAAAAUUCUAGAUAAAAUUGCUGAAAAAGAGCGUCUGGAACGUCAAAAAUCAGCAAAACAAGUUGUGGAGAAAGAAGAAUUGACUCCGGAAGAGAAGCUUGCUGAGAAGUUGCGUCAACAGAAAUUACAAGAGGAAUCUGACUUACUGCUGGCCUUGGAGACAUUUGGUGUAACAGAAGGAGCCGGCAAACUAGAUAGCUUCCAUCCGACAAAUAAACAGGAAUUCACUGAUUUCGCGGAGCUUCUGUGUAAAAAAAUCAACAUUUACAAAGCCAAGGAUGAAUUUCCAGGAUUUGUUGAUGAGCUGGUCAGGAAUAUUAUAGUACAAAUGUCAUCUGCUGACAUUAAGAGGAUAAAGAUGACGGUUGACAAUCUGUACAUUGAAAAACAGAAAGCUGAGAAAAACGAAAAGGCCAAGAAACCCAACAAGGGGAAGGGCAAGGCUAAGUUAAAAGUGGAGGGGGAGAGUGCUCACUUGAACCAGUACGAGGCCUACGGAACCUUUGACGACGACUUCGACGACUUUAUGUAA